AUGCUGCCUUCUUUCUCAUUGACACCAGUCACGGGUAAUGACGAGCCUCUGCGCACCAUUCAAGCCAUAGUCGCAGAUCAUCCCAUCAUCACUCCGCCGCACUCAGACAUUUGCAAUGUAGCAAAAGGCGACCAACUAGAUUUCCUUUCUCGGCUACAAAUACUGGCCUGGUUUGGGGUUUCGCUACACAUUAGGGGCCUCGCCGACCAAGUUGGCCGGGCCAGCUCGCAUGCUUCCAAUGACUGUACAUAUGCACGAGCAACGACAUCUCCUAGGGGUGCGAGGGCCACUCAUGGCCCUGGGCGGUCAAGUCCCGAUAGCAUGGGCCCAAUCCAAUCAUUCGGAUUCCGUGCCGGCCUCCCCUUGGCUGUUCAACUUGGAAAAGCGGCCAAUUUCGCGGCGGAAAAUGGAUGUGCGGUGAUGCUCUUCAAAUCCUCGUCGAAGCUGACGGGCUCCACCGGCUUUGCCGGGGGGGCGGUUGGGUGGGUGGCCAAGCAUCCGCCCAGCAUCAAGCAUCCAGCAUCCCACAUCCCAGGUGUGGCCCAGUACGACGUCCCGCCAGGCGAUGUCUCAACUCCCUCGUUGCCGCAAUCUGCCACUCAGGCGUCGACGAUCCAAACGACCGCGAGGAUACAGGCGUGGCCGGGGUUCAGAGAGCCAGCCGAGCAGCCCUCGCGGUCAAUUAUCCUCUCACUUGGCCACCUCCACACCACCCUCUUACUUGCUCGCCCGCGCAUUCACAGUGCCGCGGGGAUGGGGGUGGACAUGGGGGAUGGUGGAUGGCGGAUGGAUCCAGGAGGACCCGAGGGUGGACAGGCGCUGGGGGCUGGGCUUGGCCUAGGCCGGGCUGCAGCAAUGGCUGCGCUGUUAGCACCAGUCGUCGAAUCAAGACUACAUCGGGAGGGCAACCCCGAUGAGGAGGGUCGCGGGAGGGUCGUGGGUCGUGGGGCUGGGGGCACGGCACCCAACGACACUCGACCAAGAGAAUGCUAAAGGCACGCUCCAACACGCAUGGCAACCAAGGUCUGGGAAAUACCAGUGUAUGAGUGCGAUAUCGUCGUGUCGCUUUUUAUCGCCCUGCUGGAAAAAUGUUAAACAUGCAAGCAAAACGGUACCAUAUGAGGUGAGCCAAUAUUGUACGGGUGGCGGUACUCUGAUUCAACCCCGAAAGUGCCACUUUCUAAAAGACGUCGGUCGGCUGCACCGGUGCAUCGUGUGAGAAAAUUUACUUCCACCCGUCGGUAGGUAGAUAGGUGCAUGUCUAGCUAAAUUCCCGAGGUACCCAGUUAAAGUGCGUCUACAUCAUUGAAAGGCGUCUGCGACCGUUUGCAUUCAUAACUUUGGAGCGAG